AUGGCAGCAUUCGUUUUGUCUGUGACGCUGACGUCCAUCCUCCCCAGGACAGGCAAAGCAGCCCUGUCCAUUUCUUCCGGCUACGAAACCUUCCUGACCCAAAUCCGGAAUCGCAUCGUGUGCGCAGAAGACGAUGUUUUCGACGAGGCGGCUCAGCAUGCAUGGGCGCAGCCCUGCGACUCCAUGAAGGAUGGGCCUUUCUGCAGAGGCCUGCCGGAAAUGGGGGAAACUGCUAGGCACCGGCCCUUUACGUUAGACAGCAUCGUGCCGCAACACCUGUUCGGUGAUCCCCGGGCGACGAUGGAGCUGGCUGCAUCCAACGUUGUGAAAAGCGCCGUGGAUGCAGACACAUCUGCCAACAAGCAGGCGACCCUGGUCCUGAACAAGUUCUUGGAAGACUUCUCGAAGGUCAAGGAGGUUUACGUCAAGUCUGUGGGUGUGGAGGGGCGGCUGGAUUUCUCACGACUGCCCAUGGGAGGCAGCUUAGGCUUCUCUCGAAGUUUCUCACUGGGCCUGCCGAGUGGUGUUUCUGCCACUUGGACAGGGUCCUGGCAGGUGAUCCCUGCUGAGCAGCCGCCCCCAGAUACGCUCGCCCCUAAAAGACGGGCCCGGAAGUUCCAUCCACGAGCCGUGCUGCGGCUAAACGGCGCCCUGGGCAGCAUUCGAUUCUCCCGGCCGGUGGUGGUUCGAAGCCUACAGGUCCAGGGAGACUCGCGCUUGUGGGUCCGUGGCCGGCAGUCGGGUGGCGAGGUUUGGCGACAUGCCUACCAGCAAAGCGAGCUGCAGGUUUGUGGCACUGGAGACCUCGUCCUGGGCCGCUGGGAGGGAGAUGGGCAGCUCUACUACGCGAGGAUCCUCAUGCCUCAUGAGGCCGGGGCCACCUUGUGGUGGAUUGACAGAGACCCUUCCCAUCGCCUCGUGGCGUGGGAGCAUCUGACGACCCCGGCCGGGAGGCCCUGCCUGAGCGAAGCCUCGGGCCUCCGGAGGGCCACUGCUUGGAGAGAUCUGGCCCGGCGUAGCAAGGCCGUGGAUGAGAUCUCCUUCAUGGUCCCCGAUAGAGGUAGCAGCGGCUGGCUGCUGGGUGAGCUGCAUGUGGCAACCAUCCGAUGGCGCCCCGAAGUUGAUGAGGAGACUGUCCGGCUCCCCUCCGACACCCUGUCUAGGGUGGUGCAGGUCUUGCCGGGGCCUUUCGCCACCAUCGAGGAUGUGUCCCAUGCUGCCUUGUACUAUAACGCCGAUGAUAUGCUGGAGCAAGGUCUCCGCCUCAACAGCUUCGCCAGGCGACAGGAGCUCUUGGAGCAAGGCCCCCGGAAGUCACAGAAGGGCGAUUCCUACGUCCAGCUGAAUGCCUUCCGCUCCGUGGAGGGGCUCAAACAGAUGCUCCGGGCGUUGAUGCCUGGCCUCAGCCGCCCCUACCUCCAACUGCCGGCGCCGCUCACCCACGCCCGGGUGCUAGCGGACCUGGAUCACCUUGUGACCACGCUGGACGUCAGCCACCUGCAGCCAGAAGACCAGGAGAAAGUCGUGAAGCGGUACGGGCACUUCGAGGUCUUCUUUGUGGACAUUUGGGAUUGGAGGACAGCCAUCGACUCGCUUCAGCUGCUCUAUGAGCUCUGGAGGGAAGAUCGAGUGAUGCAGAAGGAGGUGGAUGGGGUCUUCAAGCAGGGCCAGUCUUGGCAAGGCUCCUACUUCUGUACCCAGGGCCGGACGCAGUUCAGCCUGGACAUCACGGAGGUGACGUCCGUCGGUGGCAAAGACCAGAUUCGUGCAGAUCUAACCUUUACCAUCGUCAAGAAGGACAAGAACGUCACUGGCAUCUACGAGGUCUCGGGGAUUUUGGAGCCGGCCGGCAGAAGCUUAGUCAUGGAGCCGAUCCCAGAUUCCUGGAAAGCGCAGCCCAAAAACUUU